AUCUUCAAAACAAAAACUAGGCCCCACCAUAUAAUUGCGAAGAAGAAGCUCGGAGUCGAAGACAGGAGAGUAAGAAUGGGCUCGGUGGCAGCGACGGUGGCGUCAAUGUUGUUCUCUGGUGGCUGCCGGAGCCUCGCGGUGCCUGCAGCGGGGCGCUCCCUUAGUAUCUCACGGACAGCACUUAGAAAUCACCGCAACAAGAACGCGCCGACAUGGUGCUGUCGGAGUUCACACAACAGUUACAAUGCACUCGCCACUGAAUCUGAAUUCUCAAAAACCGACUCCGAAAGCUUAACUGCUUCUACAUCUUCCGAUAGUUUCCCGAAGUAUGAUCGAUUGCUUCCAUGUCCGUUGCAAAAAACUCCACCGAGAGUUGAACACUUGGUCGUGUCCGAAGGAGGACCAGUUUUAGAACAUAUUUGCAAGGCUCUGGAACUUCCUCCUUUGUACGUUAAGGAUCUGAUUCAAUUUGGAGCUGUAUACUACGCUCUUGUUUGUCCACAGCCUCCUCCCAGUGCUACUGAAGAACAAAUUAGGGUAUUCAAAGAGGUAACGGAACCUUCGGUAUUGUGCCAAAGAGCUUCUAUCAAAGGCAAAACUGUGCGAGAGGCACAGAAAACUUUCCGUAUAACUCACGCGGAUCAAUUUGUUGAGCCUGGAACGUAUUUGCGAGUCCAUGUGCACCCCAAACGCUUUCCUAGGUGUUAUGAGAUUGACUGGAGAUCAAGGAUCAUAGCUGUGGCGGAAUCCUAUGUAGUUUUGGAUAAACCUGCUGGUACAUCAGUAGGUGGCACCACUGACAACAUUGAAGAAAGUUGUGCAACCUUUGCUACUCGUGCCUUGGGAUUGACAGCCCCUUUGAUGACUACUCAUCAAAUUGAUAAUUGCACUGAAGGCUGUGUGGUGUUGGCUAGGACUAAAGAGUAUUGCUCUGUCUUUCAUGGUAAAAUCAGGGUGAAAAAGGUGAAGAAGCUCUAUCUGGCUCUUGCAUCUUCUCCUAUGCCAACGGGAAUCAUUACCCACUACAUGCGUCCUAUUAACAUGGCUCCUAGACUUAUUUCUGAAGAUUUUAUCAAGGGAUGGCAUAUGUGUCAACUUGAGAUCCAGGAAUGCAGAAAGGUUCCCUGGCCAACUCCUGCUAUACAGGACAAAUACCGUGUUGAAGAUUGUGGGUGGCCUUAUCAAGAUUUUGCCUACGAAUGCAAAAUCAACCUUCUUACUGGUCGUACACAUCAGAUUCGAGCUCAAUUUGCUGCGUGUAGAGCACCAGUAAUUGGUGAUUCUAUGUAUAUGCCAGCUGCAAUUGCGGAUAUGAGUAAUCCUGGACUUAACCCAUUUGGAAAAUACAAGAGAGAUUUCAGUAGUGAGAGUGAGAAAGAAACGGCUGUUGUAAAUUGGAUUGCACAACAUGGAAAAGAGCCAGGUGUUGCAAUUGGCCUUCAAGCAUGUCAAAUUUCAUGGGAUGAUAACGAACACUUCUACGAAUCUGGUUCACCUUGGUGGAGGUGUUAAAAUGCUUGAAAUGUGUGCUAGUGUUGAGGAUAGGAAUUCACCUUUAUAGUUAUGUUUUCAUAAUGCCUCAGUUUUAUGUGAGUAUACUAUCAUUCAUUCUGAUUGGAAGACUUUGAGAUUUUCAGGUUUGAAAAGGGAAACCCAAAUAAAUGCAAAAGAGGAGGACUUCAUGCAGGGUUUUAAAAUGUGCAUGCUGUCAUUGUAGCACAUUUUCUAGCAGAGUAAAGUCUGAACAGGUAAGCUAGAGGAUAAGACAUUCACUGAUAAAGGAGUAUCUUUUGAGAAGAUAAUUUAGCUUUAUAUAUUUUACUAUGAGAUUGAAGAACUGAGAUAAUGACACAACUCAUUAGUAACAUGUGAUUAGGCCGUUAAUGUCUUAAGCUCACAUCAACCACAAAAUUGUUUGUAUUGUAUUUUGCCAAUCUCUGUAUCGUGCUGGGCCAGGAUGACUAUCAAUUGCUUUUACUAACGUGCUAAUGAUUUUAAAGUUCUUUCUCUUCAA